GACCUGAGGAGCGUAAACAAGUCUUGCAACGCUGCUGCUGCUGCUGGCAGUUUCAUAAGAGGCAAGGUGCAGGGCGGCCUUGCUCUAAAAAAGAAGCGCCUUUGAUAGCCGUACUUUCAUAUUCGCGAGCGGCAGACGCCAGCAUUAUUUGGCUGCUAACUUUAUUGCCAGACUUUUGUUCGGCGUGCAGAGAGCCUCCUUUUGCGGGGGAGUGCGUGUGUUCCAAGUUAGUAGUAGUGAGUGUGUGUCCCGUCCCAGCAUCGAGUCCGCGCCUCUCUCGCUCGGCGUGCGCGCCACUUCCCAGAGAAUGGGUUUCAGCUGCUGUGCUGUGUGCUCACACUCUUCUCUGUGAAUAUUUCUGAAUUCGUGGCCAGUUUCAAUGUGCCGGUGAAAAGUGACUGUGCGGUGCCUCAAGACGGAUACGAUCGCUCGCCGAAACUACAGGACUGAGCGAGUAGCCUCGACCACUCGACAAGGGAGCUGGCAACGCCGCGUAUUCAGCUGUGCGUAAAAUCAAGCAACUGAGCAAGCAAGCGAUCGGUGGCCGAAAAUAAGAAAAGGUGUCCAGUGUCCGUCCCGUGCAGAGUGACAGCAGCUAUGGCAGCAGCCUGAAGGUCGCCAUGCCCUGAGCUGAGGAUGCCGGUGGUGCUGUUGGACAGACUACCCCUGCCCUCGCUGCCCGCGUACACGGCGGUCAGCGUGUCCCUGCUCGCCUGCAGCCUCUACUAUGCGGUCCAGAACGCCCACCAGCUCGACCUCGAGCACCAGCCGCCCCUGGCCGAAGGCCAGCUUGACCUGGCCACCCUGUGCUGGGUCUUCGGCAGGCGGUGUUCGGCCAUCCUAACAUUCAUGAUCCACGAACCCUUCUGCAUCUGGCCAUUGGUGAACAUGGCCUAUUGCGUGCUGGUGUUGCUGGGAAAGUGCAUACAGAGCGCUGUGUUUGGCGAGCUUCGAGUCUCUGAGAGCAACGCCAUCAAAGACACCUUUUGGAAUUUCGUCUUCUACAAAUUCAUCUUCAUCUUCGGCGUCCUGAGCGUGCAGAAGCUGGAGGAGGUGGUUCUCUGGUGCUCGUGGUUCACCUUGCUUGGCUUCCUUCACCACCUGGCUCAAUUGGCCAGGGAACGGGCUGAAUAUCUGAGUUUGUCUGUGAGCCCAGGCCGCGAAAGAUGGAGACACGUCCGCCUACUAGCUUUACUUGCUGCAAUUUUACUGGCCUCCGGGGCCAUGCUAUUAGUUUGCGUCGCAGUCGGCCUUCUAAUAUCCCUCAACACGUUUGCAUUCAUGGCUGCAGAGUGCAUCCUGCUGACUCUGCGAACGCUGCAAACAAUGCUGCGCUAUUUGCUGCAUCUGUACGAUGUGGCUCAUUCCUCAAACCCUGUGCACCACUUCUUCCCUAAUGUGAAACUGCAAGCGGCCAAAGGCCAGGCCCGACACAAACUAAAUGAAAAAAGUGGCGAAGAAAAGAACACGGACAGUUCCUUGCGCGAUAACUUUGCAUCUGAUGGGACCGGAAGCACAGCCUCUAGUCAAAAAUAUUCCCCCAGAUGGUGGGUGCGCGGUGGCGGUGCCUCAUAUUACCUGGAAUUGUUGUUUGAGCUGGCGGCUCUGCUGCUAGACCUGCUGCACCACGUCCACAUGCUUCUCUGGUGCAACAUCCUUCUCUCGAUGGCUUCUCUGGUCAUUUGCAUGCAGCUUCGACUGCUACUGCACCAGCUGAAAGCCAGACUAGCCCGACAUCGCCACAGAUUAAGAUUGCAGGCUUAUAUGAAAAAACAUUUCCCAUCAGCAACAAAAGAGGAAUUGAAGACUCUUGAUGAUGAUUGCGCCAUUUGUUGGGAAAGACUUUACACUGCAAGGAAACUGCCUUGUUCACAUUUAUUCCACUCGUGGUGCUUACAAUCUUGGUUGGAGCAAGAUCCAUCGUGUCCAACCUGCAGAAUCACACUCUCAAUUGGGGACUCGAACCCGUCAAGUGGCGCUGCCGGCUCCACAGGGGUUGUCGGGUUGCUGGGCAAUGUUUUGGGAGGUCUUGUCGGCAGUAUAAGAGAUCAUGACACUCUCCUUGAGCCUGAUCAGAGAGACCAGCCGCAGCAAAUAAACAACAAUGCACAAGUCUUCCAUUUUGAUGGAUCUCGGUACGUUUCGUGGCUGCCCAGUUUUUCGGUUGAAGCUGCUCACUCGCAGUUAGGCGGACACACAGAGUUGAAUUCUUCAUCCCAGUUGCACAACAUGGCUCUGCAAGUCCAGCAAAUGUUCCCUCACUAUCCACUGUGGGUGUUGGUUGCUGACUUGAGGCUUUCUCAUUCGGCUGAACUGACAGUUGAGAACAUCUUGGAGGGUAGAUUGUUGCCUCCCGCGCCAAUGUUCAACCCUGACAUGGAGGAGACUCAGCCAGCUCCAGAGCCAGCUCAAGAACCACCAUCUCAAUAUUCUGGAUGGUUAGAAGAAAACCCUACAGAUACAACAACAGAUCCCUUGUCUCCAGUCACCUUCUCUGAUGAAGCAUCUGAGAGGCAGAGGAGUUUAGCCAAGAGGAGAGAGGCAUUAGUCCACCAAGCUAGACGGAGAUAUCUGCAAAAGAGCUCAAACUCAAAUGAAGCGUCCGCUUCCUGCUCUCAUAGUGGAAUCUCAUCUCAAUCAACACCAGAUGCUUCCUCUAGCUUAUCCAACUAAGUAUUAAGAUUCAUUUUAUUAUUUAAAUCAAAACUUUAUGGUUAACGUAUUUUUAUUUCAAAGAGGGGGUGUAAGUAGGGAGACAUGUUGUAUCUCUUCUCAAUGUCUUCCUUCAUUGAUACCGCAUUCCUUCUCGAUUUUCAUUUCAAGUAACUUUAGCUGUGCAUAACCUUGAAUGUGAUUACCUGUUUUGCCAUCGGUUUUUACCUGAUUCCCCCCAAUUUUAUGCAAGUAGCCUUCCUUUGGGAAAUAAGAUGACUGCGUUUUGAAAAAAGCGUUUUCUUUUUUAUUAAGUAUGCAUUAUAAGGUUAAGUGAGAUAUAAUCAUUUUCUAGUUCCAAUAUUGCAAAUAAAUUGGCGAUUUUAAUUGAACAGUGGUAUGUCACUUUUUUAAAGUAGCAACAAGUACAAUUGAAAAUAUUUUCUUUCGCCAAUAUUGAUUGCAUAAAUACAACUUCUAUAUUAUACAAGGAACGAGAGUGGCAUUUUGAAACAUAUGCAGAAAGAUCAUAAUUUCUUUGUACUUACACCCAUUUUUAUACUGUUGCAAAGACAAUAUUAUGUAUUUUUUUUGUAAUCCUGACUGAUUAAUGGUUGUUAUGGAUUUCAAAUCUUCAUACUUUACGCAGUAACCCUUUAUUUAAGUCCUAUCAUGAACGCGCUGUUUAAAUUGCAAGAUGAAUACUAGAUUGCUUUUUCCCAAAAACACAAUGAUAACUUAAAAAAUGCCAAUUUCAUAAAUUUUGCUAGAUUGAGUAAGGAAUGCCACUUGGAGCGAGUCAAUUUUAUGACCCUGCAAGUGACAAAAGAUCAACAUGCUGCAAAUUUAGGUAUUAAUAUUGUAGUGCUUUGAACGAAAUGUGAACAAAGUGAACAUACAUGAUAUAAUAAAAAAGAGUCAAAUAACCUG